AUUUAAUUUUAGUCUGUGAGUAAAAUAUUGAACUGUGAUGUCGUGGAUUUCUGCGUGGAAGUUUAAAUUUUAAAUAUAUUUCAUCAUGUCGGUAAAAGUAGAUAGGGUUCCUGAGAAUAUAAAUUUUCCAAAAGAAGAAGAACAAGUUCUGAAUUUUUGGAAAAAAAUUGACGCUUUUCAUACUUGUCUGAAGCAGUCAAAAAAUAAACCCAGAUAUUCCUUCUAUGAUGGACCACCAUUUGCGACAGGAUUGCCUCAUUAUGGCCACAUCUUAGCUGGAACAAUCAAAGAUGUGGUCACAAGAUAUGCCCAUCAAAAGGGAUAUCAUGUUGAAAGAAGAUUUGGAUGGGAUUGUCACGGUCUACCUGUGGAAUUUGAAAUUGAUAAAAGUUUAGGUAUAAAAGGACCUGAAGAUGUUGCCAAAAUGGGUAUAGAUAAAUAUAAUGCUGAGUGUCGACAAAUUGUUAUGAAAUAUGCAGAUGAAUGGGAGACAAUCAUUACUAGAAUGGGCAGAUGGAUAGAUUUCAAAAAUGACUACAAAACAUUAUAUCCAUGGUUUAUGGAGUCAGUGUGGUGGGUAUUCAAAGAACUCUAUAACAAAGGCCUGGUCUAUCAAGGUGUUAAGGUAAUGCCUUAUUCUACCACAUGCUCAACACCCCUAUCUAAUUUUGAAGCAGGACAGAAUUAUAAGGAUGUUGUAGAUCCUGCUGUUGUAAUCUCAUUCCCCACUGCAGAAGGAUUUUCUCUCCUAGCUUGGACAACUACACCUUGGACUCUUCCCAGCAAUCUAGCAUUAUGUGUUAAUCCUAAAUUAACAUAUCUCAAAGUGAAAGAGAAGGCAACAGGAACUUGUUAUGUCCUACAAGAAGACAGAUUUCCUGCUGUCUUCAAAAAUGUUGAUGAUUUUGAAGUGCUUGAUAAAUUUUUGGGUGAAAAAUUGAAAGGCAUAAAAUACACCCCAAUUUUUGAUUACUUUGUAGAUAUAUGCCCCAAUGGGUUUCAAGUACUAACUGAUGGGUAUGUCACUAAUGACUCAGGUACAGGUGUUGUUCAUCAGGCACCAUAUUUUGGUGAAGAUGAUUACAGAGUUUGUUUGGCUGCUGGCAUUGUUACAAGAGACCAAGAUAUUAUCUGCCCUGUUGACGCAAGUGGCAAAUUUCUAGCACCUGUAAAAGACUUUGAAGGGCAAUAUGUUAAAGAUGCAGAUAAAAAUAUUAUUGCAAACAUCAAAUCAAGGAACAGACUUAUACAGGCUGGACAAGUCAAACACAGUUACCCAUACUGUUGGCGUUCAGAGACUCCUCUCAUUUACAAGGCAGUGCCCUCUUGGUUUGUCAGGGUAGAACAGAUGAGUCAAGACCUUUUGAAAUCCAGUGAAGAAACUUAUUGGGUCCCUGAAUAUGUUAAAGAAAAGCGGUUUGGCAAUUGGCUGAAAGAAGCUAGAGACUGGGCCAUUAGUAGGAAUAGAUAUUGGGGAACACCUAUCCCUCUAUGGAUUUCUGCUGAUAAACAAGAAGUUGUAUGUGUUGGCAGCAUUGCAGAACUCAGUGCCUUGACUGGUACAGAAAUUACAGACAUUCACAGAGAAAGCAUCGAUCAUUUGGAAAUCCCAUCAGCAAGACCUGGCCAGCCUCCACUCAGGCGGGUGCCGGAAGUAUUUGAUUGUUGGUUUGAAUCAGGGUCCAUGCCUUACGCUCAGUGUCAUUAUCCAUUCGAAAAUAAAAAAGAAUUUGAAGACAUUUUCCCAGCAAACUUUAUUGCAGAGGGUAUAGAUCAAACAAGAGGUUGGUUUUAUACUCUGAUUGUUUUAUCUACUGCUCUGUUUAAUAAACCACCAUUUAAGAAUUUGAUUGCUAAUGGUUUAAUCUUGGCAUCUGAUGGUCAAAAAAUGUCAAAGAGAAAGAAAAACUAUCCUGACCCCUUGGAAGUUGUGCAAAAAUAUGGUGCAGAUGCAUUAAGACUUUAUCUAGUUAAUUCUCCUGUUGUCAAAGCUGAGAACCUUCGUUUUAAAGAAGAAGGUGUUAGAGAUGUCAUUAAGGAUGUAUUCUUGCCAUGGUAUAAUGCAUUUAGAUUUUUAAUGCAAAAUGUUGAAAGGAUUGUCCAGGAAGACAAAGUAAAUUACAAAUUUAAUGAGACUGCAGUUAGGGAAAAUGUAAUGGAUAAAUGGAUUACUUCCUUCACACAGUCAUUGAUUCAAUUUGUUAUGGUAGAAAUGGCAGCCUACAGGCUGUACACUGUUGUUCCAAGACUAACAAAGUUCAUUGAUCACCUCACCAACUGGUAUGUCAGGAUGAAUAGAAAGAGGUUAAAGGGUGAAAAUGGGAUUAAGGACUGUCAGGUGGCAUUGGAUACAUUAUUUGGUGUCCUGUUUGAUAUGAUCAGAGUUAUGGCGCCAUUUACUCCAUUUUUGACAGAACUCAUGUACAAGACUUUACGUCAACUUUUACCUGGUAGCUCCUUGGAAAGUGUGCACUUCAACAUGAUACCAGAGCCGAAACUGAAUUUGGUGGACACAAAUAUAGAAAGAGCAGUGCAAAGAAUGCAAUCUGUGAUUGAACUUGGGCGAGUUUUAAGAGACAGGAAAACGAUCCCUGUAAAAUAUCCACUGCCUGAAAUGGUUGUCAUACACCAGAACCAAACUUACUUGGAUGACAUCAACUCCUUGUUGAACUAUGUUUUGGAAGAAAUUAACAUUAAGAAAGUGGUUCUUUCCAGUGACAAAGAAAAAUAUGGGAUUACUUUACGAGUAGAACCAGAUCACAAAAUACUUGGUGGUCGAUUGAAAGGUGAUUUCAAAGCUGUUACACAAGCUUUAAAAGAUCUGAACAAUGAGCAAUGUGAAAAAUUAAUUGCAGACGGUUUUGUUGAACUCAUUGGCCAACGUGUAGACAUUUCAGAAGUGAGAGUUAUAUACCAAGCUCAAGGGAAUGAUGAAUAUGAGGCACACAGCGAUAACGAUGUUUUGAUCUUAUUGAAUGUGACGCCCGAUCAGAGUAUGCUCGACGAGGGAUUUGCUCGUGAAAUCAUAAACCGAUUGCAAAAACUCAGAAAAAAAGCACACCUGGUACCUACUGAUGAGGUUGAUGUCUAUUUUUCAGUCACCAAAGAAAGUGAUAUACUGCGUAUUAUAAACUCACACCGCGAUUUAAUCGAGAGCACUGUCAAAGCGCCUUUGCUUCCGAUCGAUAAGUUAUCGCCGUCGAAACCGCAAAUUAUUCAGGAAACCCAAGACCUGAAAGGUUCACAACUAAAGUUGGUCAUUACAUGGAGAAAGGAGGUAGAGACACCUUUGUACCCUUGGGCUAAUAUAAUAUUACAAGAUAUUACGCCACGCUUCGGCGUAAAUACCAAUAAAGGAAGCAUCAUUCUUAAAAGCAAAGAUAAGUACAUAAAUCUGGAUGAAUUGUAUAAGGAAGUAGAAAUAUUAUUCGGCUUAUACGGAAUGAAGUUCACCCUGUGGUGUGAUGGGGCUGAAGUAAAGAAUACAGUUGAUCUAAACUCUAAAAAUAUUAUUGUUUCCUCUACACAACCUAAAAAUGAUGUUGAAUCACAAAUCAGUCCAUUCUGUAAGUUUGUAAAUGUUGCCAACGGUUCAAAGUCUGCUACAUUUUUUGUUGAAAAUCCUAGAGGUUUUAUAACACUGAACAAGGAAAAAGCAACGCAAUUUGUUUUGGAUAACUCUUUGUUUAACUAAGUUUGCUCAUUUUAAAUGUAUUUAUUACCAUUACAAUAUUUAUAGCCCAUAAAAAUAAGUUCAAUUACUGUAAGUACCUAUACCUAACUUAUUACGUGAAAAUGUCUUAUAAAGGUAUUUGUCGCUUGAAACAUACUAUCGCUAGUCAAAACUUGUGACUUAUGUGUACUAGACUGUAUUUUUACAGUAUUCAAUGUGGACUGGUAAACUUAUAAUAAACAUGUUUUUCAUA